CUGGCCGCGGCCGGCGGCGCCGCCUCCUUGUCGGGCCGGGCACGGCGGGCCGGGGCCUUUGUGUGAGGCGGUGGCGACGGCGGCGAUGGUGCUCGGGUCCCGUGGAGCCGGAUUGACGUUGCUGAUCCAGGGGCAACUUCGUAGGAGCUGCUAAGAUGGGCAUGAGGAUCAAACUGCAAAGCAGCAACCACCCCAACAACCUGCUGAAGGAGCUCAACAAGUGCCGGCUGUCAGAGACCAUGUGCGAUGUCACCAUUGUGGUGGGGAGCCGCUCCUUUCCUGCACAUAAGGCUGUGCUGGCAUGUGCAGCCGGGUACUUCCAGAACCUGUUCUUAAACACUGGGCUUGACGCUGCCCGGACCUACGUGGUGGACUUCAUCACGCCUGCCAACUUCGAGAAGAUUCUCAGCUUUGUCUACACAUCAGAGCUUUUCACAGACCUGAUCAACGUUGGGGUCAUUUAUGAGGUCGCCGAGCGACUGGGUAUGGAGGACCUCCUCCGGGCCUGCCACUCUACUUUCCCAGACCUAGAGAGCACUGCAAUGGCUAAGUCCUUGACCAGCACCCAUGACAGCCAGUCUGUUACUCUGAGUUGUCCUUCAGUAGACCCUGCCCACCCGUUUGGUCCCGAUAGAAACUAUAUGUUGUCUGCUGAUGCUGGAGGGAGCUAUAAAGAGGAAGAGAGGAAUGCUGCAGGGGAUACUAGUCAUAGCUUGGCCCUGCCACAGCUGCCACUGCCACCAAAGACAGAAGACCACGACGCCCCUGUUCCGUUUACGUCUGUUCCCAGUAUGGCAACCCUACCGGUCCUAGGCACUGCCAGCACAGGCAUCCAGACCAGCACGAGUUCUUGCCAGCCAUACAAAGUUCAAAGCAAUGGAGACUUCAGUAAAAACAGCCUCUUCACCUUGGACAACGCCAUAGACUCUACACCCAGGACCAAUUCCUGUCAGAGCAAUAGUGACCACUCCAGAGAUCCAGGCUUUGGGCAGAUGGAGGACCUCCAAAUGGAGGAACUGGGGGAAGAUGAUUUGCAGUUUGAGGACCCGGCUGAGGACAUUGGGACAGCGGAGGAGGUGAUUGAACUGAGUGAUGACAGUGAGGAUGACCUGACUUUUGGUGAGAGUGACAGCCGGGAGAGUAAGGCCAUGCCCUGCCAGGUAUGCAAGAAAGUUCUAGAGCCCAACAUCCAGCUGAUACGGCAGCACGCCCGGGACCACGUAGACCUGCUCACAGGCAACUGUAAGGUCUGUGAGACCCACUUCCAGGACCGAAACUCCCGGGUGACCCAUGUCCUGUCCCACAUUGGUAUUUUCCUGUUCUCCUGUGACAUGUGUGAAACCAAGUUCUUUACCCAGUGGCAGCUAACUCUGCAUCGACGGGAUGGCAUAUUUGAGAAUAAUGUUAUUGUCCACCCUAAUGAGCCCAUGUCUGGGAAACUGGCUCUCUUCUCAGGGGCAGCCUACCCUGAGUUGAAAUGUGCUGCUUGUGGGAAAGUGUUGGCCAGAGAUUUCCAUGUGGUCCGAGGCCACAUCCUCGAGCAUCUGAACUUGAAGGGCCAGGCCUGCAGCGUCUGUGACCAGCGCCACCUCAACCUGUGCAGCCUCAUGUGGCAUACUCUCUCUCACCUGGGCAUUUCAGUCUUCUCCUGUUCGGUCUGUGCCAGCAGCUUUGUGGACUGGCACCUCUUAGAGAAGCACAUGGCGGUGCACCAGAGUCUGGAGGAUGCCUUGUUCCGCUGCCACUUAUGCAGCCAGAGCUUCAGGUCGGAGGCCGCCUACCGCUACCACGUCAGCCAGCACAAAUGCAGCAGUGGCCUUGACACUCGGUCUGCUUUGGGGCUCCCACACCUAGCCCUCCAGAAGCGGAAGCUGCCGGUGGCUGCAGAGGAGUUUCUCAGUGAGGAACUGGCUCUGCAGGGCCAACCUGGGAACAGCAAGUACAGCUGCAAGGUGUGUGGCAAAAGGUUCGCCCACACGAGCGAGUUCAACUACCAUCGGCGGAUCCACACAGGUGAGAAGCCUUACCAGUGUAAGGUGUGCCACAAGUUCUUCCGAGGGCGCUCAACCAUCAAGUGCCACCUCAAGACGCACUCGGGGGCGCUCAUGUACCGAUGUACCGUCUGUGGCCACUACAGCUCCACCCUUAACCUUAUGAGCAAACAUGUCGGGGUGCACAAAGGCAGCCUCCCACCUGACUUCACCAUCGAGCAGACCUUCAUGUACAUUAUCCAUUCCAAAGAGGCUGAAAAGAACCCGGACAGCUGACUGGGGCUCAGCACAGCCGGAGGGGGCUUCCAGGCGGCAGCCGGGAUGCUGAUUCUUUAGAGGCUGUUGGACCUUCCUCAGCUGACGCUCCAGUUUUGCCUUGCUAGGAGUCCUGUUCUGUCUUGUGUUGAGAGAAGAAAUAGCACAUAAGCUGUUACUGUUUUUGAGAGGCAACAGCCCUGUUACAUUUACCUCCAUACCUAUUCUUGCCCAUAGAGGGCAGCGGUUUUGAUAAUUUUUGAGGCUGGCUUUAGGAUCUAGUCAAGUGGCCCUGUCACCUGGGUCCCUUUGCCAGUUUCUCUAGUUGUAGUUUACUGAUAGGUUUUUAUGCUGCUAAGAAUCCGACCAACAGCCUCACUGAAUAGCAGAGGUGGGGACAGGUUUUCACUGUGGCUGUGAGUACCAGCAUUCGGGCGGGACAACAGUGGGAAGAUGGGGGAAUGUGGCCAUUCAGAAGGAACCAGCCUCAGGGCAGCUUAUCUCCGCUCCCACACCCUCCGCAGCGGAGACAAGCCCUCAGGAGCUGCACUGCUUGAGCCACAGCUCAGUCUGACUGGACAGUGGAAGUCUCACGGCAGCUAGAUCCACACUGAGGACUGAGCCUUCUGUUUUGGUUGGAAAGCAUUGGGUGUCCCAUGGUGCCAGCAGAUGGGGCAGCCUGGAUGGAAGAAGCGGCUCUCCUUUCCCCUCAUUUCCAAAGAAACACGGUUCUAUAGAGUGAGAACCCUGGACGUCAAACCUUUUAUCAGGAGCAGAGAGGGCAGAGCCACUUCGGUGUGGCCACCUGCCACCUGGCCUCCGUGCGUCUCCCUAACCUUGCAUCUCGUGGGCAUAGAGAUGUCCCUCAAGCAGCAGUCUUGCCUUAACUUACAUCAAGUCUCCCACUCAGGAUGGUUUGACCUACGGCAUAGAUGAGGAGACCCUGUGAGGUGGUGGAUCAUGAGCUCUUUGGGAUUAAAGGAACCUGAGUAACUGGUA